UCUUAGUUAAAAAAUAAUCAGGAGGAAAAAAAAAAAAACGGAAAACAAUCGACAAUAACAGACAAAAAAAAAUUUAUUCCCUCAGUUUAUUCAUUUAUUCGUUUAUUCAUUUCGAACAGGUUUUCUCUAUUCCCUCUAUUCGUUCAUUCAUUUCCGAACGCGUGUUAUUGUUUCACGUCAACUGAAAACCCGUAAGAAGAGUACUAAAUUGUCGAACGCUGGUAAUAUAAUAAUAAUGGUUGCUAUUGACUGCUUCUUCUUCUGCUGCUGGUUUACUUAAUUAGCUUCGUCGGGGGGAAAGAGAGAGAGCGAGAGAGAGAGAUACAAAGAGAGUGAGAGAGAAAGAAAGAAAAAGAGACAGAGUGAGAGAGAGAGAGAGGAAAAAAAGCACAAAAUAAAAACAAAACAAAAAUUGACUGUGAAUUGGACGAUGGAUGUGGAACAGUUCUGAAAAAUAUAAUAUAACGGAGUUUAAAUGCCGGAUAAAUCUUUUAGGGUUUUAAACCUGAACAGCUUUUUUUUCCCUUCAUAGUAUAUAUAUAUACACAUACAUACAUAUAUAUAUAUCUUCUGGCUUUUUAAAAGCAGUGAGUAAUUUUCCACACCGGAGUUUUUACAAAUAACAGUUUUGGAUUCUGGUCAAUGUGUUGUGUUGCCUAGGAAUAAUAAUAAUAAAAAAAUAUUAUAAUAAUAAUAAACCUAGAAAGAAGAGAUUUCUGAAAUUUGCAACAAAUUGACUCUGAUCUGAAGAGUAUGUUCUAGGUUUCUGUUUCUACAUCAAGUCCAUCAAUGUAGGGACUUAUCCUGAAUAUCCUGUUCUAAAGAGAUCUUACUCGGGGAGAUCUCUUCUUUCAUAGAGCAGGAGACAAUGAAUUAAUGCUAAACAGUUACCCUUGUAGAGUGGCUAACAUCCUCUCUAGUAAAUAUUGGAUUGAAUGCCAAUGUAUAACCCAGGUUUUUCAUGACUGCUAACUAAGCUAUACUCUGAGACCAGCCAUGAUGAAUGAGAUGGAAAGGCACAUUGCUCAGAACAAUGACAGACUGCAAUGUAUCAAGCAGCAACUGGCCUCUACAUCAGGUUUUCAAAGUGCUGCUCGAGAACUACUAGAAUGGUGCUCUGACACCAGAGCUUUCCAGAGACCAUUUGAAAAUGGUCUGAUGGGUUGUUUAACUGUUGUUAGCCGUGUUGCUCCACGACCUGGCUACGACCUGGAGCUGGGCUAUAGACUGCUAGCAGUUUGUGCUGCACAUCGAGACAAAUUUACCCCAAAAUCUGCUGCUAUGCUCUCGAUGUGGUGUGAGGAGCUGGGAAGGUUAUUGUUAUUAAGACAUCAGAAGACACGCACGCCUGAUUCGGCUAAAAGCCCAGGCAUGCAUCAUCAGUUGCAAAAGAAUAUGCCUGCUGUACCUCAAAAUGAUCCUAAUGCAGCAUGGCCCACAGGGAACCAAGGUGGCCAAACUCCUCAGUCUCUCUCUGUUGUGACUACAGUGUGGGGUGUUACUCAAACCACUCAAAGUGGACCUUUUACUCACAGCACACCUGGCUACACUAACACAACUAUGUCUACCCCAAAUUAUACCCAACAACCACAAAGUUUUGCUGGCAGUCAGAUGCAAAAGGCAGCGUUUAAUCAACAAACUAUGCCAUAUAGAAGGGAAUCAGCAAACUACAACCGCCCAAGUGGUUAUCCACCCACACCGAAUACCCCGGGGUCGACCCCACUCCCUCUGCCGGGUAAUCAUGACUACCCUGCCCCUUCACCGUCAGCCCUAUCUGUUGCUGGUUACCCUCCAACUCCAAAUACUCCAGGUUCUAACCCUUCCCAGAUGUCCGGCAAUAAUGAAUACCCAGCUGCUCCAGCAGCGCUGUCUGCUGCUCUGGUGGCAGCGGCUGCCACUGCCACAGCUACAGCCACAGCCACAGCCAGCAUGGUAGCUAUCCAAGAGCAACAGAACCAGCAGCAACAGAUGAAUAUGAACAUGAAUAUGAACAUGAACAAUCAGUAUGGUCCCCAAGUACAGAUGCAAAGUCAGCAACAUUUUAAUAAUCAGUAUGGAAUUCCUCAACAACGUCCACCUCCAGGAAGUAUGACUCUGGCUCAAGGUCCACCGCCGGGUCCAGGAGGGAUGCCAAGCAAGCCAACUAUGCCUACUAUGUACAAUCAUCAAAGGAGAGCUUCACCCUACCCAAGUCCACAGCAAAUUCUCCAGAAACGACAACAGCAAUAUCCAAAUGGCACUCAGUAUGGUGCACCAACAGCAUAUGGGAGCCAACCACAGCACCCGGGCAAGGCACAGUACCCUCCAACUCAACAACCCUUGCCCUCACCAAACUAUGUAGGGCCACCACAGCAAGGCAUUCGCCCUAAUGGACCUACCCCACCUUAUUCCAAUGGUCAAAAUAUAUAUAUGGGGCCAAAUCAAUUCUCCACUAGACAACCCCAACCCCCUGGUUUUCCCAACCAGUUCCCUACACAGCAAAAUUUUCAGAUAAGAGGAGAGGUUAGUGCAAUGCCUCCUGGGUUAGAGGCCCAAGCAACUGAUAGACAUCUAAAAGUAGGUCAAAUCUACUUCCAAGAUACUCAGUUCAUGAUUGACAGACGCAUGGAUGGACGGAUGAAUGAAAAGCAAACUAACAUGAACUACCAGCACUCACCACUCCCUGGUAACCCAACACCACCAAUGACCCCAGGCAGUGCAGUACCCCCAUAUGUAUCCCCAGGUGCUGAUAUAAAACCACAGUUUCAAGAUUUGAAACCAACAUUACCUAUUAAGAAAGAGAAUGAUGAACUCCGAUUAACGUUUCCUGUACGAGAUGGCACUGUACUUCAUCCGUUCCGAUUGGAACACAAUUUAGCAGUGAGCAACCAUGCCUUUCACUUACGGGAAUCUGUUUAUCAAACUCUUAUGUGGCGAUCUGACCUUGAACUGCAGCUGAAAUGUUUUCAUCAUGAAGAUAGGCAAAUGAAUACAAAUUGGCCAGCAUCUGUCACGGUCAGUGUCAAUGCAACCCCCCUUAAUAUAGAGCGAGGAGAAAAUAAGACUUCUCAUAAGCCCCUCUAUCUGAAGGAUGUAUGCCAACCAGGCCGAAACACCAUACAAAUAACAGUAACAGCAUGCUGUUGUUCCCAUUUAUUUGUGCUCCAGCUUGUUCAUCGACCAAGUGUCCGAUCUGUACUUCAGGGAUUGCUACGCAAACGUCUACUUCCAGCAGAACAUUGCAUAACAAAAAUCAAAAGAAACUUUAGCAAUGUUCCAGCUGGGGGUAAUACUUUGAAUGGAGAAGAUGGUGUAGAGCAGACAGCUAUGAAAGUGUCUUUGAAAUGUCCAAUCACGUUCCGAAGGAUAACCUUGCCAGCUCGAGGACAUGAUUGCAAACACAUCCAGUGUUUUGACUUGGAAUCAUACCUACAGUUAAAUUGUGAGCGGGGUUCCUGGCGUUGUCCUGUCUGCAACAAAACAGCUUUACUGGAAGGUCUUGAAAUUGACCAGUAUAUUUGGGCGGUUCUCAAUAAUUUGGCUCAGACAGAUUUUGAAGAAGUUACUAUUGACCAGACUGCAAGCUGGAAACCUGUACCAUUAAAGACAGCCGUGAAACAAGAACCUGAUGAAAAUGAACAAUGCAGUGGUGGUAACAGUCGCUGGAUGAAAGCCAUGUCUCCAUCAAGUAUGCCCUUACCAACUAUGAAUUCAUGGGAAUUUGGUCCAAAUGCUCGCCAGCAUUCUCCCUAUCCCUUGCCUCCUGCCUCUCAAGGAGCACCAUUCACAGGUAGUAACUACAAUGAUGGAAGUGGGAAUUUUCAAGGCCGACCUCCAGAUUUUCCAGGACAGUUAAGUCAUAUUAAUGAAAAUAUGGCCGGUGGGCCACCUGGUGGACAGCCACCGAUGCAGCAACAACAACAACAACAGCAACAGCAGCAGCAACAACAACAACAACAACAACAGCAGCAGCAACAUCAGCAACAGCAACCACCACAUUCAACAGACAAACAACUGGGUGGUCAUAUACCCCCACCACUGCCGCCACCUCCUUCAAGCCAGUAUAAUCCCAAUGCUGCUGAACAGCCUGGUCAACAGCUGAGAUCUUCUCAUCCUGGAAUGGAACAGCAGCAACACCAACAGAAUCCUAGCAUCAACAAUCACAUGACACCGCCCAGCCAAUCACAAGUUCCCAACAGUUCAUCAAAUGGCAGCCAUCCGCUCAGUCAUCAGCCUAACAGCUCCACUCCAAGUAAUACACCUACUACAGACACUUCAUCACACCAUAGAAAUUUAGGAGAUUUGAACUUUGACCCAGCUGCCAUUAUUGAUGGAGAAGGACAAGGACAAGAAUCACUUGAUCUUCUUCCUGAGAACAUAGGUGAUCCAAUGGAACUUUUAUCAUAUUUGGGUCCUCCUGAAAACAGCGGAGAUGGCACUGGUGGUGCACCUGGCUCAGGGAACAGUGGGAAUGGCAGUAACAAUAAUGAUGAUCUUUUGUCGUUGUUUGACUCUUAGGAGACACUUACAGUAACUGCAAUCCCAGCUAGCAUACCCAGUGAUUAAAUCAUAAGACUGAAUAAAAAUCUAUGAAAAAAAUAAAAAUAAAGUGAAACAAAUUUCUCACCAAAACAAAAAAAAUGAGUUAAAAUAAAACAACUGGUAAAAAUGUGGCGAAAUAAUUACAACAAAAAUUUUCAAAAAUGAAAAGAAAACAAGAAAAAAUUCUAUCUGACAUCAACAUUUCCAGCUCCAAAUCUGUUGGAAUGUUGUGUCAACCAUAAGUGAGAAGUUGCUGCGAAAUGCAAUGCUUCCUUCUUAGUUGUGACCCAAAACGAGGCUGGUGUGUUACCUCAGAGGGUCAUGAUGACAGCAACAAUCAAGUUGAACCUUUUUAGAUCAAUGGUUUACAUAUGUAAAAAAAAAUAAUAAAAUAAAAUAAACACAAAUAUAUAAUGAUAAUAAAAAAUAAAAAAAGGAAAAGAAACUUAACUGUUCAGCAGGUAAAGACUCUUGUAUUUGACAAUUGUCACUGCAGUUAAACACAAUUUCAUUGUUUCACUGCUCAGAUGGGUCUCAGUACCCAACCAAACACAUUUCUUUACAACGGCUAUUCUUGGAAAUGGGGGAAACAAAAAGGCCACCGACUGAUUGAUCUUUAAAAAGCAAAGGACAAAAGGGAAUUUUUUUCUUCAGGUUUUUUUUUUUUUUUUAUGUUUCCCACUUGAAAGGGACUUGAGACUGUAUACACCUUUAAGGAACAAAAGAACAUUGUCAUAGAAAUUUUAAGCAAUUUUUAAACCAAUCCUCCCCUAACAAUAGCAACUUUCAAGUGACAAAUUAUGCUGGGAAGAUUUCAGUCUUUUUAUGAAGAUUUAAAAAAAAAACCCCAAAGGAGAGAUAAAAAAAAUGAAGAAAAAAAAAACAAUUUAGCAAAAUAUUGAUUUGUAUUUUUGUCUUUAAAGCAAUUGGCAGCCAUUGAUCUGGUGGACUCUCCUGUCAAACUCCUGUACAGUGGAUGGGCGUUAAAAAAAGAGAGAAAAUAAAAGAAAUAUUAGAAAAUAAAAUAUAAAAAAAAAUUAAAGGGAAAAAAAUUGAAAAAUAUCACAUCCAAUUUUAUCAUAUACAUAUAGAUGAAUAUAUAUAAAUAUAAAUAAAUAAAUCAAUAUAUAUAUAUAUAUAUAAAUAUAUAUAUAUAAAUAUACAUAUAUUUUUCAAUUAUUACUUGCCUGGAUUAGGUUCAAAUUUCCAGUAUGCUUAAAUCCCCACCCCCAUCUCUACCACUCACUUUUUUUUUGUUUGUUUUGUCCUCAUUCUGACCUCACCCACAUACUUUUCUUCUCACAAGAACCUUUAAUUUUAUCAACCCUCAACAGAUUUCCCCCACCCCCUCUCCAUUUCUGUAUUACAUAUCCUGACACCUUAUAUCCAUCAAAUCCAGUUAUGCGUGUUUUUAUCCUUCUGUCUUUGACACAGCAAUUAUUAUUAUUAUUAUUAUUAUUAUUGCAGAGCCUCUUUUACAACUUCUAACACUUAGUUUUUGUUGGGGUUUACUGGGUUUUUUUUUUUUUCGUAAUUUUAUAAUUUGAUCAGUUGUUUGCUAUAUACCAAUAGCAAUUAAGCCUUUAAAUUUCUUUAUAAUGAAAAGUAACUUUACUUCUUAGAGUAGAUGUAUUCUAUAUCUUGCACCUUAAUGCAGUACUUUGAUACAAAUUCUGUUUGUUUCAAUGCUGCAUCUCUGGACCAAUGCUUAGAGUAACAUAACUUUUUUUUUUUUCUUUUGACCAAUAUUUAGAA